AUGUAUCUGCCGCACGAUUCGCACGCGAUACCCGACAUCGAUACGAAUUGGAACGCUAUCAGAGGUCCUAAAGGGGACUCGAAGAAUGGAGGUUGGGAUAGCUUGAUUGGCGUGGUCACAGCGAUAUGCGGGAAUGUGCUCAUAUCUUUUGCCCUGAACACACAACGUUACGCGCAUAUGCGCCUGAGCAAAGACCGCGAACAGAGAUUGCAAGAGAAACGGAGACGCAGGAGGAAAGUGUCGCCGAACCAUAGCAAUCGUUCGCAACAGUCAAAAAUAUCGGACGAGUGCGCCAGGCAGAACGCGAAAUCAGAGUCGAAUGGAUAUACGCUCGAGCGCAGCGAGGAAAGCACCGAGACCGAGCCACUGAUAUCGAGAGCGCAUUCGAGACAUGAAUCUGGAUCUUCAGGUGAUACGACAGGAGCCGCGGUAGACGAUGAUGAAGAUCCAAAAGAGAAGUCAUAUUUGAAGUCGCCUAUAUGGUGGGUCGGCAUUGCGAUGAUGGUUGUUGGCGAGAUUGGAAACUUCCUGGCUUACGGAUUUGCUCCUGCAUCGAUCGUCGCUCCUCUCGGUGUUGUUGCGCUUGUCUCGAAUUGUUUGAUAGCACCUCUGCUUCUUCGAGAAAAGUUCCGACUCCGAGAUGGGUUGGGAGUGCUGAUCGCCAGCGGAGGUGCAGUCGUCGUGGUCCUCAGUGCGAGCUCAAGCAAUCCAAAGCUGACACCAGAAGCCAUUUGGGGACUUGUGACGACCUGGGAAUUCGAGACAUAUCUGGGCAUCACACUAUUCUUGAUUGUUGCUCUGGUGUUCUUGAGCAACAAAUUUGGAGAAAAGACAAUUCUGAUCGAUCUUGGACUGGUGGCUUUGUUUGGUGGCUAUACAGCGCUAUCUACGAAGGGCGUUGCAUCGCUCCUGACAUACUCUAUCUGGAGGGUGGUGACGUUCCCAAUCACAUAUCUGCUGCUGGCCGUUCUGAUCGGUACUGCUGUCAUGCAGAUCAAGUAUGUCAAUAGGGCCCUGCAGCGUUUCAACUCCACCAUGGUGAUCCCGACGCAGUUCGUGCUUUUCACCAUCUCCGUCAUUCUUGGCAGUGCUGUUCUCUACCGCGACUUCGAGCGAGAGCAGACAGAAGACGCCAUCAAAUUUGUCGCUGGUUGUGCGAUGACUUUCUUUGGCGUGUGGUGUAUCACGAGCGGCCGGAAGCUGAACCAAGAUGGCGAUGUUGGUGGUAAUGAAGAAGCAGACGAAAUAAGUCUUGCAGACGAAGAGGGUGUAUUCCCCGAGAUCCGAGAGCGAGAUGACCCAGAGAGACAAGCCUCCGUGGUGACUGAUUCAUCCGGCAGAGCGACGGUCCGUCGCAUACAUACUGCUGAGGGUACGAACGUGGGCUCUGUUGGCAAGAUGCCCACUUUUGCACCGGUUGAGGCUGCAACACCGCCAGGGCCGUUUGACCUGACGAAGCACUUGCAAGAGGCAGAUGUGGCGCCUGCAAAUGCUAGCGCUAUUCAUGCAGAGUCGACUGCUCGACUUAACGGAGUGGAUGAGUCUCAGGUCAAUCCUGUGAAGCCGCCACCGAUCCAUGCUACGACAUCUGCGCCAG